AAGACCUUCUGACCGGAAAUCCUGUCGUGACCCGGAAGUGAUCCCUUAUGAGGCAGAACCGGCCAGUUUUGUUGAGAAAAUCAGCUCGGCGCCACCCAGUCCCGAUUCGGGCAAAGAAUUUCUUACGUCGUAUGCCAGAAACAAGCCUUCAUAAGUCGAUGUGAUCACCCCGUGACUGCCAGGAUGCGUGUUUUCCGGCCAGAGCUCGGUUGAACCGCGCAAAAAUCGAGUGUUUCCCCGCCUGCUGAGCCGAGCGAAGGCAUGACAACGUUCAUAACAUCGUCCCUUUUUACUUGUCAAUCAAUCAGCUGGAAUCAAAUUAAUUUUGCGAGAUUCUCUCUCAGCGGUGAUACUUCCAGGGCAGAUUAGCGGGUGAUCAGACUGUUGGACGGCGGGUGAGGACGAUAGACAGCGGUUCAAAGCGAGCUAGACGCGGCGUCCGGGGACGGGUGACAAGAGGACCGAGUUAGCAGGGGCGUGAAGUGUUAAUUGUUUGGUAAUUUGGGGGGCGUGGCCGCGGCAUUGUGACACACAAACGCGCUGAAGAGGAAAGAAGAACAUGGGAAAUGGUAUGAACAAGGUCCUUCCUGGACUAUACAUUGGCAAUUUCAGAGAUUCCAAAGACCGUGAACAACUGACCACACACGGUAUCACACACAUUCUGGCCAUCCAUGACAAUGCCAAGAAACUACAUGAGGACAUGAAUUAUUUAUGUAUUCCUGCUUCGGACUCGCCACAUCAAAACCUAACUCAGCACUUCAGAAAAUCCAUCAAAUUCAUUCAUGAGUCAAGGCUUGGUGGUGGUGCCUGUUUGAUACACUGUCUGGCGGGCGUGUCCAGAAGCGUAACCGUGGCAGCAGCGUACGUGAUGACGGUGACGAACCUCGGCUGGCGGGACACGCUGAAGGCUAUACGGCAGGCCCGCGCCGUCGCAAACCCCAACUUCGGCUUCCAGCGACAGCUACAGGAAUUUGACGCAAUGAGGCUAUCCGAGCUUAGAAAAUGGCUGCGCCAAAAGUACCCCCACUCACCCUUCUCUGAAGAUGAAGAAGCAGUGAAAGAGCUAUUAGACCUGAGCUUGAUUGUGAAACCACCUGAAACGUCAAGCGCAAAAGACAGUCCCAGACCAAAGCACAGCCCCACGUUGGCAAAGAACGCAAAGGCGAAGGACAGCCCCAGUCAGAGGCAGCGCUUCACGGGAGGUGCUGUGGACAGUCCUCGUCAGAAGCGCAGUGCGACAGUUUCAGGCAGCAUAGGAGAACAGAGGAGUCCACUGGCAAAAAGAACAAGCGUAGGAAGUCCGUCGAGAAAGCAAAGUCCUACACCCUGCACUGUCAAAGCAGCUACACCAGCGAAGGAUACCACAACUUUCCUGAGCGGAAAGGACGAAACAAGGGCUCUACAUACGGCAGUGACUCGCACUGGCCAUGGGGACUCUCAAAGGGUAAAACAAAACAGACAGUUGAAGGACGUCUGCACAGCGAGUAGUGGAACAGGGCACAGCAGGGUGCCGUCAGACCUUGGCAGUCCCAGAAAAAAGCGCAGUGCAACUUUUUCAGGUUCAGUAGGCGAGACCCGGACUCUUCAAAAUCGCAGAGAUAUUCAUACUUCUAAAACGAAAGGCAGUUCUGGACCAAAAUCCAACGAGAGUCCAAAGAGGGUGCACGUAAAACCCGGCACGUCCAGGACUACAGAUAACAUAGGGGCAGCCUGUAGUACACAACAGAGAAGUUCUCCGAAACCGAAAUACGACAAGGCCGCUGCAGAAAGCCCUGAGAAAAGGCAAUGCUUUAUCAUGAGGAUGAUUACCGGGUCCAGAAAAGACAGUGCCGACAGCCUGGAGGGAGACUUACUGGUUGAGGUUGAAGCGCUAACGUCACAGGCCAACCCCUCGUGUUUUCAGAGGUUUCGGACCAGCCUGGGAUGUUCAGCUGCGUCGGCACCAGAAGACACGCGAGAUGGGGCAAAGCCUUUUGAGCAGACUAGCGAAAACAGAACAGAAGAACGUAGGAGGACAGAUGAGCUUCAGGGAGAGGGCGUGGCUGAAGCAGAAUUACCCAGACUCCCCCUUUGAGGCUGACGCAGCAGCGAUCGGACAGUUGCUGCAGACUUACGUGGAGGCCCACGUGAAGAACCCGUACUGCGAGGACGACCUCUACCCCUUCCCACACAACGCCUACAGUUUAAAGGCAAACCUGAAGACGAGAAAAAGAGGAGGACAAA